AUGGCGACUCCAGGGAUGAGCUGGCAGCAGCACUAUUACUCGGCGGCCGGGGGGGCAACGAAAUUCUCUUCCUCGGCCGGGUCUCAGCAGUCGGCGUUUAGCAUGGAGUACAGCCACGAUCUCCAUUUGAAGAUGAGCAAGAAGAUUGCUCAGCUCACCAAGGUAAUAUAUGCUUUGAACACUAAAAAUGAUGAGCAUGAAUCUUCAAUUCAAGCUCUUAGAGAUGCUCAUGAAGAGGAAAUUCAGCAAAUUCUUGGAGAAACAAGAGAAAAGAUUUUGCAAUAUAAAAGUAAACUUACAGAGGAGUCAGACCUUAAACGAAAGAUUCAAGUUUUAGAAGAGUCACUAGAAGGUCACAAAAAGAUGAAACAUCAGGCUUUGACUGAGUUUGAAGCUUACAAGCACAGAAUGGAAGACAUGCACAUCUGUACAGAAGCACAACAUGUCCAGCGUGUACUAACAAUGGCUAGAGAGGUCGAAGAGAUCAGGAAGAAGUUUGAGGAGAGGUUAGAGAGCUUUUCACAGCUAAAAGUACAGUUUGAGAAAGAUAAAUUGCGAGCUCUGGAUAACUUGAAAGCAGAACAUAUACAGGAAAUCCAAGAACUUCUUCAGACCCAGGAGUGUCACAGUGCCUCAUUAAAUAAGGGGCAGGAAAAGGUGGAAGAACAGCACAGAAUUGAAGUGGAAGGUUUAAAUAAAAAACUUGAAGAACUAAAACUUGAAAGGAAAAAGCUAAUUGAGGAUUAUGAAGGCAAGCUGAGUAAAGCUCAGUCCUUUUAUGAACAUGAACUUGAUACUUUGAAACGGUCCCAACACUAUACAGCUGACAGCCUCCAUGCUUCCAAAGAAAAAGAAGCAGAUCUGAAAAAGGAAUUUCAGAGUCAAGAAGCAGCCUUACGUAAGACCAUAAUUAACCUUAGGACAGAGUUACAGAUGGCACAGGAUCAAACUGGAAGUCUUCAUGAAAAAUGCCAUAAGCUUCAAUUAGCAGUUGGUAAAGCAGAAGACAAUGCUAUGGUUCUUCAGAAACAGCUCGAUGAUGUCAAAGAAGAAGAGAUAACUUUACUAAGCAAACAUAAGGAGGUGGAAAGUGAGCUAGCAGCUGCUAGAGAACGGUUGCAACAACAAGCUUCAGAUCUUGUCCUUAAAGCUAGUCAUAUUGGAAUGCUCCAGGCUACUCAAAUGUCACAGGAGGCUACUAUAAGAGAACUGGAGUCAGAAAAAUCAUUGGCAAAGGAGAGAAUAUCCCAGCUUGAAGAAGAAAGAAAUUUUUUGCAAAGCAGAACCCGAAGUCUGGAUGAACAACAGAAAAAACAGAUUCUGGAUCUGGAAAUGCAAAUAAGUGAAGCAAAGAAAACUCAAAAAGAAUAUUAUGAGAAAGAACUACUAAACUUGCAGACUAGAUUGGAGGGGGAAACAGCACAGUUAAAUGAAGCUCACUCAAAGACUUUGGAAGAAUUAGCUUGGAAGCACCAUGUUGCAAUUGAGACUGCCCACAGUAAUGCAAACAAGGAUAAGAAAAAGCUACAGAUGGAACUAGAAGAACAAUAUGAAAGAGAAAAAGUACAACUGGAAGAAGAUAAAAGUCAGCUUAAACAGCAAAUGGAAAGACUAAAAGAAGAAUUGACAGCCAAGCUAAAUGUAGCUCAUCAGGAGGUUUCUCGCCUCCAGGAUCUGGUAAAUAAAAGUGAACAAGGCCUUGGUUCUGCAGAAGGGGUUAUCUCUGAUCUUCAGGACUCCCAUGGACAACUUCAGAAUGAACUAGAUUUAACCAAAGCUAAGCUAAGAGAGACCACAGACUCAUUAUUAAAUCUUGAGAGAGAACUACAACAAGAAAGACAACAGCAUAAGGCAUUGCUUGCUACCAUGAGGGAAGAUGAGAAGUUCAAAGUGGACAAAAUGGCCCAAGACUUAGAAAUAAAAUGGACUGAAAAUCUUAGACAAGAGUGUUCUAAGCUUCGAGAAGAGUUAAGACUUCAACAUGAAGAGGAUAAAAAAUCAGCAAUGACUCAACUUUUGCAGCUAAAAGAACGGGAAAAGAAUGCUGCCCGGGAUGGAUGGCAGAAGAAGGUAGAAGAUCUCCUAGACCAGAUUUCCUUGCUGAAACAGAAUUUGGAAAUGCAGCUCUCCCAGUCUCAGACUUCUUUGCAGCAACUACAAGCCCAGUUUACACAGGAGCGACAACGGCUUACACAAGAGCUUGAAGAAUUAGAAGAACAACACCAACAAAGACACAAAUCCUUAAAGGAAGCACAUGUCCUUGCAUUUCAAAAUAUGGAAGAAACAAAAGAACAGGAGCAAAAGGCACUUGAAAACCAGUUACAGCAGAAACAUUCAGCUGAGCUUCAGUCAUUAAAAGAUGCACAUAGAAUGUCCAUGGAGGGUUUCAGAAUAGAAAUGGAACAGGAACUUCAGACGCUUCGAUUUGAAUUGGAAGAUGAAGGGAAGGCCAUGUUAGCUUCCUUACGCUCAGAAUUAAAUCAUCAACAUGCAGCAGCAAUGGAUUUGUUAAGGCAUAAUCAUCAACAAGAGAUGAUAGCUGCUAAAAUGGAACUGGAGAGAAGCAGAGAGGUCGGCAGAAGACAGGAUGAGGAAUAUAUGUGUCGCAUAUCAGAUUUACAAGAGGAACUAAGGCACAGAGAACACCAUAUAUCUGAAUUAGAUAAGGAGAUACAACAUCUUCAUGAUAGUAUAAGUGCUUUAACCAAAGAAUUGGAGUUUAAGGGAAAAGAAAUUCUCAGAAUACGCAGUGAAUCAAACCAGCAAAUAAGGUUGCAUGAGCAAGAUUUUAACAAGAAACUUGAAAAAGAGCUGGAUGUCAUGACAGCAGACCACCUCAGAGAGAAAAAUAUCAUGCGGGCAGAUUUUAAUAAGACUAACGAGCUACUCAAGGAAAUAAAUUCAGCUUUACAAAUGUCACUAGAAGACAUGGAAGAAAAAUAUAUAAAGAGAGAGUCACGAACCGAAGAUUUACAGAUGAUUGCAGACUUGAAAACCUUGCUUGCAGAGAGAGACCAAGUCAUAAAGAAACUAAUUGAUGAUAAUAAAUUUUAUCAACUGGAAUUAGUCAAUCGAGAAACUAACUUCAAUAAAGUGUUCAAUGCAAAUCCUAAUGUUGGUGUUAUUAAUCCACUUGUGAAGCAAAAGAAGAAGAAUGAUAAAUCAACAAACAGGUUUGUGAGUGUUCCUAAUCUAAGUGCUCUGGAACCUAGUGGAGUGGGCAAUGGACAUCCUAACCGCCUGGAUCCCAUUCCUAAUUCACCCAUCCAUGAUAUUGAGUUCAACAGCAGCAAACCACUUCCACAGACAGUCAUGCCAUCCAAAGAGCCCAAGACGUUUUUGAGCCCUCCUCAGAGUGAAGCUUCACCAGUGGCUUCUCCAGAUCCCCAACGUCAGGAAUGGUUUGCCCGGUACUUCACAUUCUGAGAGAAUUAUUUUGACACAGCAUUGUGUGGACU